AAAUUAUCAGCACAGAAGAAAUUGACAAGUUGAACUUGUAGUGUAGUUUAUACGGAGACAAAAGAGGAGACUUUCCGGCUGCACUUGUCUUCGGUGUGCCCUUAGAGGUAUCGCUAGAAUCCACACCUCAGCUUUGUCAGGUUCUCGGCCAAAGGUGUUUUGCAACUGAGAUUGUGGCAAUGGCGAAGUUGAGAUGCUUUGCGCUGGUGGCGACGUCCCUCUUGCUGUUCUCCUCGGUCCACGGUGCUGAUGACUUCAGCCUCGAGACUCUGGGGGAGACAAUUCGCGCAGCGCUAUUGAAGGCUGCAGGCGUUCCUGCGGAAGGCACUCCCGUCGACGUCAGCUACAACAAGACCCUUGGCGGGCCAGAUGGCCUUGGGCUGGCACUCAACCUGACAGGCGUUGUGCACGGUCCCAACGGCACGCUGAUCACCGAGAAGGACACCACGACUGUCGGAGGUGCGGACAACUACAAGAAGGUGCACGACAGCAAGACCAUCCUCAGCCCCAGCGAGCUGUCCCUCAACGGCGGCAAGAACACCUUCCUCGACAACAAGAACUCCUCCGCCGGAUACGGCGGCGGCGCAACCGUGAAGAAGAACGGCGACUUCAACGUCGGCGGCGGUGCUCAGGCCAAGAUCAAGGAUCUGGACGCCGGUGGCGGCGGCGGAAUCGUGAAAGGUAAAACCGCGGGCAACGACACGGCAGGUAGCCAGUUCUACUCUCCGUAUGUGCCCCCGGCAGUGCCCUCGGUGCCCUAGGCGGAUGAAGGGAGACACAACGCGCGCGACUGGCAGACUGACGCACAUAACAGCCGGGGCUCAGCCACAGGAGCAUAGCCCUCUAUGCGGAUUCUCAGCUGCACCAGUUUUCAGGGCACUUUGGAGAGCAAAACCAAGGCAGACAACAAUGGUGUGGAGGCAGGAGUCGCGUCGGCAUGGUGAAGAGCUGAUCAGUGCGACCUGCACCACCGCAAACUUUUUGUUUCUGAGGCUUUUUGGAGACCGCAGAAGGUACCUGUGUGCCCAUAUGACGGCUGGCACCUGCCAACAGCAGCUCUGAAGCGCCCUGCAGGUCCCAAUUCUUACUUAGGCUCGGCAUCAUUGGUACAUACUGCCAGCAUUGUUGGCGCCACUCAGUGUCUUGGCUUGGACAGCAAUUUGAUUCCACGCCUUUUCAUGCGAUUUGAUAGGUUUCAUGACAGCAUUUUUUUCUGCGUCUGGCAUCAAUCUGGAGCAAGUGUCUGUGAUUGAUGGAGAUGAGAUCCUCAGCAGUGCUGCAGGCUGGCACUGCAGAGAAUCUGACAUACUGCUACAUUUCAUGAUCAAACUUAGGGCAGCCAUUGGAGCGCCUCAUGCACUGUUUGGUGUGGUCUUUUCGCCGUCUGCUUUUGCAAAAUAAGAGCCCGGGAAGUUUUGGGUAGUACACGUACGCUUCUGUGUGGCAUGGUGUUCAUGGCAAGAGGUGCAGCACCAAUGCAUGCUGAGUCAGCCAGUGCAUUGCAGGGUAGGGGUACAUAGAAGAGGGGUUAUGAUGAGCUUUGAGUUUGGGUUUGCCGACCAUGAAAUGAUAAAAAUGAGAUGAACAACCAGACUUUUGAUCAGGGUGUUUACCAGCAGAAUAAGAGGAAGUCCCUGCUGGCACCAGCAAGUGAAACUGGAAGCGUGUGUGUUAUCGUGGUGACAAGCUCUUACGACGAGUCUUGGUCUGAGUGAGAUGCUUUAGCCCUUCUUCAUUCUCAAGUUUGGAUACAAUGAAGACUGCAGCAAGUAAUCAUUGCUGCACAAAGUCUGCCGUGCUCUGGGCAGCCUCAACAUCACAGUAAAAACACACUGCAUU